CAAAACACACACACACAUACACACACUCGCACACAGACACAGUGUGCCUGCGCACCAUGCUUUCGGCUUACUGUGUAUCUUCAGUUUAGCAACGCUCAAAUAUGUGCAACUAGUCCUGGAUGAAAAAGAGAUUGUCGCCUUUUCUCCUUUCUCUCCCGUCCAUUAUAUAAUCGAAGGCCUUUGCUGUUUCCCAACUUUGGAUACACAGCCAGAGCAAAACAAAUAUGGAAAUUUAGCAGGACCUUGAACCCCUAACAGACGUCUCCUGGGAUCACGCAAUUCCCUGCACUGAGGAAAAAGGUCAGCGCUCCAUAAAACUCGUUUUCCUUUUUUGUCCCAUCACAAUCACAUGCUCAGGGAAAAAGUAAAAGGAUUCUGGACAAAUUUGUGAAGCAAACAGCUCUGCACUGAGAAAGUUCCCUGUCACGUCUGCAAGAAGAUGUAAACCUCUGCCUGGAUUUGGAGCUGAAUUGUAUUUCUUAGAAUACAUAACGAAAAACUUGGAGCACAACAGAAAGUGCAACUGAAGAACUUUCAGUUAUUCGGCUCGACUUGGACACACUACCUGACUGAAUCUUCUCUUGAUCUUGUGCUUCUCUUGGGUCAUCCAAGCCUUAUUGGAGGGCUUCACAAAAUGCGCUUUGAUCAAGCAAAUGCUGCAAAGUGCGCGUCUUGGUAAUAAACCUCUCGGUGAGGCCACCUCAAAGUUGAAAUAAUGCACAAAGACCACCGCUUAUUCCGCAAAAGUUCUCUGUUUAACUUCGGUUCUGGACGAAGAAGACACUCCUGCAUUGGUUUUGAUGUGGAGAAUGGACCAUCAGUGGGACGAGCGCUGGACUCUCAGGCCAGCCCGAGCUCCGGCCUGGUCCUGCAGGGCAACUUCCCCCACAGCCAGCGACGCGAGUCUUUCUUGUACCGAUCCGAUUCAGACUUUGACAUUUCACCAAAAGCCCUCUCCCGAAAUUCCUCCACCGCUAGUGAACUGGAAGAGGGCUUGAAACAGUGGGAAGUCAGUUGCCUGCCUCGACAUGAAGACAUGAUUGUAACACCAUUUGCACAGGUCCUGGCCAGUUUGCGAACAGUGCGGAGCAACUUUGCAGCAUUGACUCAUCUGCAGGAUCGGGGAAGUUGCAAACGACCAUCAGGCAGUAAUCCUCCCUCUGUGUGCAAACAGGGUGUGCCAGAUGAGACAUGCCAGAAGUUGGCCAUUGAGACACUGGAAGAACUUGAUUGGUGUCUGGACCAAUUGGAGACCCUGCAGACACGUCACUCAGUCAGCGAGAUGGCCUCCAAUAAGUUUAAAAGAAUGCUGAACCGUGAACUUACACAGCUGUCAGAGACGAGUCGUUCAGGAAACCAAGUGUCAGAGUUCAUAGCAAGCACAUUUUUGGAGAAACCACAUGAUGUGGAGAUCCUGUCUCCGCCGCCAAAGGAGAAGGAGAAGAAGCGGCGUCCCAUGUCUCAGAUCAGCGGAGUGAAGAAGUUGACGCACAGCCCGAGCCUACCCCCGAGCCGUAUACCUCGCUUCGGGGUCAAUACCGAGCACGAGAGCCUGCUGGCCAAGGAAAUCGAGGACAUCAAUCGCUGGGGCCUUGAUAUCUUUAAGAUAGCAGAGCAUUCAGGGAAUCGGCCACUGACGGUGAUAAUGUACACAAUUUUUCAGGAACGAGACCUACUGAAGUGCUUUAAGAUCCCAGCAGACACAUUCAUCACCUUCAUGAUGACCCUCGAGGGCCACUACCACACUGAUGUUGCCUAUCACAAUAAUAUCCAUGCUGCUGAUGUACUGCAAUCUACACAUGUUCUCCUCUCCUCACCUGCUUUAGAGGAUGUCUUCACUGACCUCGAAAUCUUGGCUGCUUUGUUCGCGAGUGCCAUACAUGAUGUUGAUCAUCCUGGAGUGUCAAACCAAUUCCUCAUCAACACCAACUCUGAGCUAGCGCUGAUGUACAACGAUGCGUCUGUCCUGGAGAACCAUCACCUGGCCGUGGGCUUUAAACUUCUACAGGAGGAAAACUGUGACAUCUUCCAGAACCUGAGCAAGAAGCAGAGGCAGUCACUGCGCACGAUGGUCAUCGACAUGGUAUUAGCGACAGACAUGUCCAAACACAUGAAUUUCCUGGCAGACCUGAAGACUAUGGUUGAGACAAAGAAAGUGACCAGUCUCGGAGUAUUGUUGCUGGACAACUACUCUGACAGAAUACAGGUUCUCCAAAACAUGGUCCACUGUGCCGACCUAAGCAACCCCACGAAGCCUCUGGAGCUCUACAGGCAGUGGACAGACCGCAUCAUGGUGGAGUAUUUCACGCAGGGUGACCGGGAGCGAGACAAAGGCAUGGAGAUCAGCCCCAUGUGUGACAAACACACUGCUUCGGUGGAGAAGAAUCAGGUGGGCUUCAUUGACUACAUCGUGCACCCUCUCUGGGAGACAUGGGCAGACCUCGUCCACCCAGAUGCCCAAGACAUCCUGGACAAUCUGGAGGACAACCGUGAGUGGUACCAGAGCAUGAUCCGCCACAGUCCCUCACCCCCGCUUGAGGAACAGGACUUGCACGGUGCCAUUGGAGCCUCCACAAGCGAAAAGUUCCAAUUUGAGCUGACGUUGGAAGAGGAGGGCGAGUCGGACUCCGAGAGCCCUCAGGAAGCAGAGCACACUGAGCCGGAGAGCUCUGCAACUCGGUGCCGCAGGACGUUGUCUCCUGACACAAAGGACAAGGAGGCCAUUAGAGAACGAGACUAAAGAGAGAAAACGUGCAUAGCUAAGUGCAUGGCACUGCUGUCCUAAUGACAUUUCUCAGUGAUAAUUUGCUCCUAAAUCUGUGAUGAACUUACAGUAAGUGCGGCUGCAGCAGGCUCCGAUUGAGCGAUGCGCCUCACACCAGCUAAUGAGAGAACUCCUCGUUUCAUUUCACCUAUUAGACACACAUUUCCUGUUUUUCCUGCCAGAUAAGCCUUUUAGUCCUAGCUUCUUAAGAUGCAUUUGUGUCGAGCACACAGGUGGCUGUAAUGAUCACUCAGUGACUGAGGAGAGCUCUGAGGAUGGCUCGGCUCGGCUUCCUCAGAGUCUAUUAACAAAGCAAGGAGAUCUUCUGAGAAACAGAGUCUUCCUUCAAAUGAUGUACAUGUUGUCUAUAGAGGAAAUUGUAAUAUUUAUGGUAAGCUAACAGGGUCAAGGAACAUUUUUUUUUUUUUGCACCAUACUACUAGUUUCGGACAGGUAGGAGUUUCAUUUACCUUUUCAAUAAUUCAUUUCGCGUUCAUUUGUAUUUUCAAUAUUUUUAGUCACUUUGAUCAGACGAAUGAACAAUGAGUGACAGUCAUGCCAAAUAUUAGCUUGACAUAAAAUUAUGACACUAAUAACCUCAGGAUAUAAAUAAUUAUUUAACUUUAAUGUAGCAAGGUACCCCUGUAUAUUACCCAUUGCAUUUUUAUUAUAGACCACUAUAGACACUGGUAUUCACCGUUACACCUCAAUAUUCACCUUUACAUCUUUACACGUAUUAUUAUUAUUAUUAUUAUUAUUAUUAUUAUUAUUAUUAAUCAGAUCUUGAUAUUGUCAAACAGACCAUUCUGUGUUAAAUCAAUCGAGAGGUUAAUUCUUGGCACGCCUGGAUAAUUAGGCACUGCUUUGCUCAACGUAAAAUUAACCAAAGUAUUAAUUUCUUUGUUUGUUUUGUAUGAAAAUAUCAAUGACAUGUAAACCCCAGUCAUAGCGCAAGGGUUUCAGAUCGGACUCAAGUCAAGUCAACUUAUUUGUAUAGCGCUUUGAACAGUAGACAUUGUCACAAAGCAGCUUGGCAGAAAAAUAAAGAUUUUAACCAUGUGAACUAAUACAUUCACCCCUAAUGAUAAUUUUGUUGCCUGAGGCAACGGUGGCAAGGAAAAACUCCCUGAGACGACAUGAGGAAACAACCUUAAGAGGAACCAGACUCAAAAAGGAACCCAUCCUCAUUUCAGUGAUAACAGAUAGCGUGAUUAUAAAUAACUCACUUCUAUCUAGUCAAAAAGUACAACCAUGUAGCCAGGAAAUUCAUUAUAGUUGUAGCAUGAAGUCUAUUUUGUUGAAGUUAUCGGCUGUUCACUGAUGGAGACUUGAGUGCAAAACUGUUCAUGACAACUGCAGUCCUAAAAUUAUCAUGGUAAUUGUAGUCCUUAGCCAUUGUAGCAAAAUGAUAAGUGUCCAAAGCAUCUUCUAAGCGUAUCUUUAAAUUGUCCAUAGUGGAAUCAUUUCAUAGUGGCUUAACACAGCUUAUGUUACAGCAAUGAGAAAUCCAACUUUUAAAAAUUUAGCUUUACAAUACAAGAUAUUUUAAAGGUUUCCAAAUAUUUCCUGUGCAAGUAAAAGUUUGAAUUAUUUUACUUAUGGCCUCGUUUUACUCUUUAAUGCAACUAGUAUUACUUCAAUCAGAAAUCCACUCUGCAUGAUUUGUAUAUUAAAGGUAGACUGCCUUUCAGAUUUUUCAAAUAUAGGUCAUAAAAAUAAUUUUCCCGACACCCAAUUAUUUUUGUUUAGUGGACCGAAAGCUACUGAAUUCGAAUCACAGACUUCCAAUUUUAAUAGAACGAUUAAUGAAUUUAGGGCCAUGUGGCCCUAAAUUCUUCACUAUUUUUUCCUUGCUUCACCAUGACCCAGUUCAAAAUACUAUGUCAUGUAUCACAUGGUGAGCUUUCCCUGUUCGCGCAAGGCAUUGUGGGAUACAAAUUUGAAGCAGGAGAGAAAAAUGGAGGAUGUGAGUGUGCUAAUGAAACAUGAAAGACCGACUACAGUAACGGAAAGCGAGAAGAAAAGACAUUAUGUUAUAUACAAAGGAAAGGAAAUGCAGGACCAAACUAAUAAAUAUCGGCGGUCAGCGAGCACCUCGGUGUGAUCAGCUGUUCAUUUAGCGACAGAAUGAUGGAACUGUCAGUGCACGGUCAAGGUAAACCUGCGCAUGCGCACACGAACGGACUUCCUCUGUCUGCUGGACUGCAUGAAGCGAGUGAUUUCAUGCACAUUAUUUGCUCAGGAAUCUCCUCAAAUUAAAUAACUUCCCAGCUACAGAAUGUCCUGAUAUUUUGUGAGAUAUUACAGAAAUAAACAUAUAUCGCAAUGACCAAAUUUCAGAGAGAACUAAAUUUCACCGAUUUUAUGAAAUCGAAAGGCCGUCUAGCUUUAAUCCUUAUAAUUAAUAUGCAAUCUUCAUUUUUGUUCAAGAUGUAUAUAAAAGUCAACUUUUUUUUGUCUAAACAGCUUUCAUUGACAGGUUCGCUGUGUCCUAAAUGUCCCUCACCAUUCGGUGUAUAUGCUACAUCUAUGCAUGAACCGCAAGUUGGCCUAGUGGUUAGCUUGUCCAUCUCUCGAUUGGAAGAUCUUGAGUUCAACUCGUGGUCGGGUCAUACCAAAGACCAUCAUAAAAAUGAUACCUACUGCUGUCUGGUAAGGCACGCUGCAAUACAGACGUGAGUGGGGAAGUCAAACUCUUGUUGUUAUCAGAGGACUAGCCCCCCACUGUAACCCGAGCUGUAUAGGUGAGAGGCUGAGGGCUACGGAAACGGAGAUCGCAGCCUGGUUCGUACUGGGACGGGAGACUGCCUGGGAAGACCAGGGCAUGGCACGGGAAGGACUUCCGACUUUUAGACAUCAUCAAUGCUGGAUUUCUCAUUAAUUUGAAAGUAAAUGCCACUGAAAAACCCUGAAUAAUAGUGAAAACUAAUCAUUAUUGCUUAUGUUUGAUAUCACUAAUUUUUUCCCCUUUUAUCUGAAAUGCCACUGUGUUAGCAGUCUUCUCCUGUAAUUCCAGAGCAGCAGGGAACCGCAAACUUCUCAUGGGAAUAAAUAAAAUUUAAAAAAUACAGCAUCAACAAAGAAAUUAGCAGCAAAAUUGCGAAGCACAUCAUAAAUAUUUCAAUCGAAAUAUAUUUCAUGUGUUUCAGGAUGGAGUUUUCUGUUAACGUUGCUGUUAAGGUUAAUGACUACUGGGUGCACAAAUAUACGUUUCAGUUUCUCGUAUAGUGCGUAUACUGAACAAGUAUAUCCAGGGGUAGAAUAUCCAGGGGUACCUGUUUCUGAUCUUAAAUCACCACUUACACUCAUGUUUGUACUAUAUGUAUUCGUUUUACCUAAUGUCCGGUUUUAACAUCCUUAUCUCAAACGUAUUAUUGACAGCUUGCAAACUGCCAUAAAUUGAUGCUGUGAUUAAAGCAUGUCAGAUAUUAGCCUGGGAUUUUGAUCAGAGUCCUGAGCUUGUCUUUUUCCCUUCAGGAAUUUGAAGCAGAAUAAUUCUGGCACAGUUAAAGGGCUAGAGAUAAACCAGGAUCCAAGACAGCUGAUUGAAAGCCUUUCCCUACUGUUUAUUGGCAUCACUUCAUUUGUAAAUCUUUAACAUUGAGGGUUUAAUCGAUAAAUUUUGGAAUAAACUAUAGAUAACUAGCCAUUUUUUUAAUGCAGACUGAUUAUAAUAUAUAAUUAUAUUAUUAGUAGAAUUUGUGUUUUGGUGUUUUUGGUCUCUUCUGUAUUUCACCGCAUACAGCAAAUACAGAAAUCUAACUUUUCUGUCUUUUAAUAUAUGAAACAGAGGAAACACUAAAACAGUGGUUCUUUCAGAUAUGAGUUAACCGAGCGCGGUCCAUUAAGCCACUUAUCUGCACUAAAAAUGUGCACAAAUUUCAUACACACAUGCACAAUGCAAGAGCGCUCCAAUGCCAUAAUGAUGCAGUUUUGUGAAGUCAUGUGUACGGUAAAAAGCAGUAUACUGUUUUCAUGGGUUUUGUGUUGUUUCAUGUUUUGUUUUUUUUUAAUCUUUACUGAUGUGCCACGUUUUUUCUCAAUUCCCUUUACUGGCAAGUCCUGAAACUGCCAAACUUAUUUGUUGUGUUCAUUUGUUUGAAGGCAUUGUGUCUUUGGUCUGAAGAAUGAGUGUGUUACUUUGUGUUUUAAAGUGUUUUGCCACUCCUGUACCUGUUUCUGUACUUUCAUGUGCCAUAUUCAAAGCCAAAAACUCCAGACUACUUCAGGUUGUUCUCUAGAACCAACAUCAAUAAAUUAACUUAAGCUGUC